UUAUACUAUCUGAUAAUACUGAUUCAAUGUGCUUUAAAUGACAGCCAAUGUGUUUGUCAAAGUGUCUAAAAUAAUUCAAAUCCUAGGUCUGGCAUGUACUUCCGAAAGUAAGAUUUUCAGAUAACGACACAUCUUCAUCCGUUCUACAUUUCAACGUCUCACCUGGGAUGGAAACCAGUGUCUUUAACAGCACUCUUUACAAUAGCAGUUACGAUUUAAAGUACAAUAGUUCCUUAAACAUAAAAUAUAUAGCAGCUGUUGUUUAUAUAUCGAUCAUCUUAAGCAUUGAAAUUCCCUUGAUCUGUGCGGCCAUUUACGUCGUUUUCUUUCUCACCAAAUCUGGUCAAGGCGCUCCGGUAUUUGUCAUAAAUCUACUCAUUACAGACCUCGUACAGAUUGCUUGCGCUUCACCUUUAUUCGUCUUCGAAAGAAAUGAAUUGUAUUUCAUAUUACCUUUCCUUGUGACUUACUUCUCUGGUCCGUAUUUCAUGACGUGUGUAGCCGUAGAGAGAUAUCUUCUGAUCGCUCAUCCUAUUUGGUACAGAUCUCAUCGCCCGGUUAAAAGUCUCUUGUGCACUUCUCUGAUUGGCUGGUUUCUAUCGCUUAUUUUUGCGCAUUCUUGGCUUUUCACCGUUUACCUGGUGAUUAUCAUACCCUUGAUUUAUUACAUAGUGAUCAUUUUUUGUUUUGCGGGUGCAUACAGAGCUCUCUCUCAUUCACAAUCUGUAACUUCUAUAAAGAGGCAGUUAGUUAUGGCUAGUUUGUUCUUUGUUCUGCUCAGUUACACCUUUUCAACCCUUACUUUAAGUAUUUCAUUUCUGCUGUCUUUGAUCACUUAUAAUUUAACUUAUUAUAUUUACAAACUUGCUGUUAUUCUUAAUAUGUUAAACCCGAUUGCGGACUGUGUGUUGUACGUGUUCAUGCGGAAUGAUGUUGGGAAUGCCUUUAGGACGCCUCACCGCUCUCCCAGACAGAGAAGAAUUCAGAGAGAAAUUCCGCUCACAAACCUAACCAAUGUACAGCGCCAUCCCGUGUGA